UGUAACAGAUCAGGGAAUACAAUGGACAAAUGCAGGGAAUUACCAGUGGGGGAUUUGCAUCCUUGACAUUUGAUGGAACUGUAGGAGCACCAGUAGUUCCUCGAACUUCUAGCAAAGUGUACACUUUCAUGGAUGAAGAACAGAAAACAAUAGAAGAAUUACGUGUUUGGGCAGCCAGUAAUAUUUCCAUCUCUGGACCAGCAGCAAAAUUGUCUAGUGUUCAGCCAAUGCUGUUCUUUGAUCUCACUUGCCAGCUGGUAGGAAAAGCAAAAGUGGAUGGAUCUUCUUUUCUUCUAAAGGUAUGGGAUGGCACAAAAUGUCCCUAUCCAACAUGGAGAGUACCUGUGGAAGCUAAAGACCUGGAAGGAGAAAAGGUUCUUCUUCAUCAGCUGAGAAAUCUAAUGGUGGACAUUCUAGUCUAUGAUAACCAUGUACAACUGGCAAAAUCACUUAAGAUUGGAAGUUUUCUGAGAAUUUACAGCAUUCAUACGAAACAAGCAAGUGCUGAGAAUGAAGAUGUCUCGCAUAUAGAAUUUCAUCUUCAUGGUGGCACCUGUUACGGUCGAGGAAUAGGAGUCUUGCCAGAAAAUAACCCCGAUGUUAAGGAACUAAAAACAUUCUUAGAAUCUGUGGAUCUGGCAGACAGUCAGAAUAUGGAAAGCAUGUCUUCAGUGGAAUUAGACGGCACUUUUAGCGAUUUUACGGAUCUUGAAUCGCACUUACAGAGAUGUCAGCAGUUACCUGUUACAGUAUUAACAGAUCAUCAGGAUUUGAAUAACACAGAACUGAAAACCAUUAUGAACAGCACAGCUCCUCAACAGUAUCGCAUUAGAGCAAAGCUGAGAACCUAUAAACCCCAGAAGCUCCAUCAGUCUAUUAAACUUCAUUGUUCCAGAUGCAACUCCUUGCAAGAAGUUCCAGAUGGAGAUGUGUUUGACUUUAUUUUACAACGCUCUGCCAUUACUGCCCCAAACCCAGAAUUACACAAUACAUCCUGGUAUGAUUCUGUAAUGUGGACUACACAAGACCAGAAGCAAAGGAAAAUAGCUAUCCAUUUCGUAAAGCAUGAUGAAAUGCUUCAACAGCCUGAAGACACCUUGCUUAUGAUAGAAGGUGGAACACUAAAAGAAGUCUGGAAGCUUACAAAAAGAUUUAAGUGUGUUAUUCCUGUGAGAUCCACAGAAGUUGAUCUGGAAUUAUUAGAUCUUUCAGCUCCUUUUCUUUUACAAGGGAAUGUAAAAUAUUAUGGGUGCAAGCAGUGUUCCACUCCAAAGCCAAUCAAGAAUCUAAGUUCCAUUGCAGCAGAACAGCGACCAUCAUGGGACCCAACUGAAAUAGCGCAAGUUUUAGGUAUUGAACUUCUCCAGUAUGUUUUCAUUAUGAAAUUCACUCUGGUUGAUGGAACAGGAGCACUAAAUGCAUACCUUUUUGAUUAUGAGAAGUUUUUCCAAAUUCCUGCCUCUGAAAUCCUAAGUAACAAUUUUCUUCAGGAAAAGAUGCAGAUGACCAUGAACACGCUCUGUCCUCCAGGAAGAAAAUUAGGUGACUUGCCAUGGCUGGAAUGCUUCAUCAAGUCCUAUAAUGUCAGAGAUGCGAUGAAACAUCAAGUUUAUUACCAAAUUUUUGACACUACAGUUGCUGAAGAUGUUGCAUAGUCAUUUGUUGCUAAUACGAAGUAAACCAGUAAGGAAUUUUUGGGGGUGGUUGGGAUCAGAGACUGUAUUAAAAGAAAUCUUUGUUUCUUUCUCAGAAAUUCAAGCUGUGUGUAUGAAUUUUUAGUUUGUGUAUGAAUGGGAAUUAUGCUUCGAUGUAUUUACAUACAGCUUUGUGAUGCGAGGGCAAGUGGAGGUGCUAAGCUUUUCACUGGAAGCUGCUUGGCUCAGGCUGAUGGAAGCAAUCUAGUACUCAUCUAUCCUUCAAAAAGGCAGUCUUGAGGUUACCGUAAACUGAUGAGUUUUACUCAGAAAAUGUAGUCAGAGUUAUGCUUCUUGUUAUUUUUGUAUAAUGUCAGCAAAGAUAGAAGGAGCUUUUCAGUAAACUCUUUCAGACUACUUUGUGCAAGCCUAUGUUACUGUUCUCAGCUGGUUUGACAGGGAGAUUGUUAGUUUUUAGAGACUUCUUUGAUUUUACACUGAUGCGUACAUUUAGACAGAACUCAUCCUCUUGAAAAUACUGAGGUAACUGCUACUUAUACCAGUUACUAUAGAUUCUUAUGGGGUUAUGAGCAUAACCAUGUAAUGACUAUCACUAAAAUUAAAAUCAAGUCAUGAAAGUAAGGUAGUGUAAAAUUGUUAAAUGAAUAUUGACAUUUGGUAGAUGGUAAUGACUUUUAGGGUGGCCCUGUUGGGUACCAAAGUUGGUAGCCUGCUUAUUAGCUGGGUCUGUGUUUUCAAAGGCUCUCAUGUAUCUGGCUAAAUGUACUGUCAGAUUGCACUGCCUAGAUCUGCCUUUUCCAUCUUAUGUAAUCAGAUUGUAUGACUAAAUUUAGAGAUACAGAAUUGAUCCAGUGCUAUCAUGGAUUGAAAAUUCUGCUGGGCUAGAAAAGUGACUUGGUUGUUUUCCUUUGCGUUCAGAAGUCCAUAGAACAAAUUCAGGACAUUUUUCUCCAUGGAUUUCUACAUUAAUAAUCCAUGGAGAAAAAUGUCAAAUCAAAUGCUUUCCAUCAGAGCAAAAUUAGUUAAUAUUUAAACAGCUGUUUUUAAUGAAGUUCAGAAGCAAGAUGGAAUAUCUAUUUGUAAGUAGAUUAUUAUUUUGAUAGUAGAUGACUUUUUUUUUCCUUUUUCAGGGUUGUUUAGUAGAUUAUGCAAUUUGUCAUUUAAAAUUUCAUCAAAUAUUUUCUGAUAAUUUUCUGAUUUCUGAUAAUUUUCUCUAAAAAAUUAUAUUGGUUUUAUAUGUUGUGAGCCAGGAGAUUGUUCUUUAUUGAUUGGUGCAUAGACAGAACCAAUAUUAAAAGUGGCUAGUGGAUAUUUCCUUUAAAAAUUCUGAAAAAUAAAACAACUUUGGACUUGAACAAGCAGUUUACUAAAGAGUCUACUGACUUAUGAAAGUUCACCUGAAUAUUUGAAUAAAUGUAUCAACAAAAAAUAGUUACAGCAAGUUACUGAAUGAAUAUUAUAAAACUUUGGACACUGGCCACAUCCAGAUAAUUUCAGAAGCUACGGGUUAAAUUAAAGGCAAUCUUUUUUGCUUCUAUUGUAUAUAGUGUAUGAAAACAGGAAUUUUUAUUUUUCUAUUUUUGUUAACUCUGAAAGAUAUUGGUAUUGUACAUUUUUUCUAAAUAAAUCUUUGUAAAGUAAUAAAUGAGAAUAUGUUUUGAAUUUCGGUGUAAAAUCAAUAUCACCAUGUACCUUGUCUGAGAUCCGUGCCCAAAAACUCUGCAUAUGCAUCACAUGAUUCUUUUACUAUUGAAUAUUGUAUUAAAAUGCUUAAUAAAGAUAUCUCCAAAUA